GUUCCGAGCCUUGUGCGUUUGUGGGACCCGUCUCACGAGUGCACGGCGUCUGUCGCGCCUCGGAUUUGGGUUCUGGGGCGUGACAAGCAACAAAGCAACCUGAUCUCCCUGCACCUCUGUCGACAGCUCACCACCUCUCCUCCAUCAAAAGCCCACCACCUCUCCUCCCCCGUCAGCAUCCUGAUUUUGCUCACAUCUCCACCACUCAUCUUCCUCUCUUUAACCAGACUAAACAGAAGUAGCAAAGCAAACAGAUCUCCCCUGAUUUUGCUCACACCUCCACCACUCAUCUUCUUCUCCUUCACCGGACCAAACAGAGGUAGUAAAGCAAACAAAUUGUCCCCUUCAUUACUGAACAGAAGUAGUUCGUGACAUGUAACUUGAGAGAAUGUCAUCUUCCGAACAAAAUUCAACUGUUGCAACUACACAAUCAUAGCAAUCAUGUAGAGGAAAAGCUGAUAUUGCAUGGGAUCAUACUUUGAGAACUAGUCUUUUGAAAGAUUUAAAAAAGGAGGUUCAGUUAUUGGUUGAUUCUUAUAGAAAAGUCUACGAAGAAACUGGUUGUACAAUUAUGAGUGAUGGUUAGCAAGAUAAAAAAAAAUAGACAAUUGAUUAAUUUUCUUGUUUGUUGUCCUAGAAAGAUAACCUUUGUAAGAUUUGUUGAUGGUUCUGAUGUGGUCAAAGAUGAUAGCAUGCUUUGCUAUUUGUUUAAAGAAUUGGUUGAUUAUGAUUGAUGGCAAAAAGAAGACUUACUUUGAUUCUAUUCAUUAUAAGAGCAUAGACAAUGUUGAUUGUUGGAUAUUGAGAAGAAGAUGAUUCUCCAAUUCUUGAUUAUGAUGAAUUGGAGAAUUUGAUUUAUAAUGAAUGAGCAAUUCCAAUUUGUCAUAUUAAUAAAAAAGAAGGCAUUGAGGAAGAGCAAGUUGGUGAGGAAGUUGGUGGUUUUAGUGAAGGAAUUGAAUUAGAAACAAUUGGUGAUGGACUUGAAGAUAGUGAUAGUGAUAGUGAUACUGAGCAUGACUUUCGAGAGCUACAUGUUUACUUUGAUGAAGAUGCUCCUCAUGCCAAAACAAAUGAAUUAGUAAUGAUGCUUCAUUUAUUUGACAUUUGUCUUUGUUGUGGAUUUGAUUUGAGACUUUCUAUUAUAUUCAAGACUUAUUUUGUAGUGAAUUUAGUCUAAAAUUGAGUUCUCCCUUAUUAUCAUGUUUUGGUGAACUUAUCUUAUAUUAUGUCUUUUAAUAUUUAUUAGUUUAGAUAUUAAAAAUUAUAUGUAUUU